UAAAACUCUAUACAUUCCCUGGCCUAUUCGAGCCUUCGGUACGGCAAAUCCGGCGCCCCGUCCCACCCCCGCCCUCGCGGUGCAUGGAGGCAACAAAGCUCUGCGCCUCGUUGGGCAUAAGCCUGGGACUAGCACCUGAUGCCAUGAAGAGGCUCGGGACGAUAAUUCGACACGACUUAGGAAAUAGGAUAGCCUGCGCUAAGGCGGCGCGCCGUCCGUAGCCGCCGGGCUAGAUAUUCCGCCAUGUAGAUCGCGAGCAGCACAAACGACCCUCCAUAUCUAGGCGGCGCACGUUCAGCUAAAGGCUCACAGAGCGUGUUGAGCUGGAUCGACUACCAUAAGUGCCUAGGUACCUCCGGAGGGACGGUCGGUGGAUUAUGCUAUAAAUGCAUGCACGGAUAAGUACAUAUGUAUAUGCACAAAUCGAUAUAUUCAUAGCCGGUGAUUCACCGGCUAAUCUUCGGCUGCCUUCUGUACGGCUCCAACUUUAAGCCCACCCCAUUUGCUGAGGUCUUCCACUCAGUCCAUCGUAAGCUUGCAAUCAGCAAACCCUGACAAAAAUUCGCGGUCGCAUUGCCCACCAUGGCGCCGCGGAUACCCUUCCUCGCCGCGCUGCGGCAACCCUCCAGGCUCUUGAGACUGCAGACGGCCGGCAUCGCCACCACGAAGCCGUCCAAGAUCCUCCACAAAGACAUCCCCGCCGCGUCGUCGGCGCUGAUCGACAUCGGCGACUCCCUCUCCGCGGCCGCCGGCGCCGGCGCCCAGCAGCAGAGCUCGACCGCCGGCGCGCUGCGCAUGUACGACCAGCUGCGCAACUCGGUCGAGCGGCGGAUGGCCCUCGAGGACGCCCUGCGCAGCCAGGACCAGAGCGACGACUUCUCGCGCCAGCUGCCGCGCCGCUGGAGGUCCGGCGACGUCUACGCCCCGCACGACCUGAGCCCCUCCGAGAUGGCCAAGUGGCGCCGCAACCAGGCCCGCAAGCGCGACCUCGUCGACAUGCUCGGCAUCAACCCCCUCGACAUGUACCGCAAUUUCUCCGUCAUCUCCGAGUUCAUGACCGAGCACGGCCGCAUAAAGCGGUCGGCCGACACGGGCCUCCGGCCCAAGAACCAGCGCAAGAUGGCCAAGGCCGUCCGGCGCGCCAUCGGCCUCGGCAUCCACCCCAGCGUCCACCGGCACCCCGAGCUCCUCAUCCGCGAGCACUUCCGCAUGCAGGCCCAGAAUAUGGCGACGGUCAAUAAGGACCUCAGGUACUAAGUAGGGGGAGGGACGCAAGAGUCGAGGGCCAGCAAGAGGAGGAAGAAGGAGAAAGGAGAUGCAAUCAACGGGAAGCUUUGUACAAUAGCUCGGUUCUGCCGAGUUUUCACUUAUGUACAGGCGGCAGUGGACAGAGCUAUCUACCCAGAUGUGCCAGGUAUAUCGAGUAGGUCGAUAAGGCGAUUAUUAGCUGAGAUAUGCAGCCAUAUAGAAUCAUCGCCGCCAUUUUCUUUCUCUUUUCUUCUUCUUCUUGAUCUAUUCAUGCCUUCCAG